AUGCAAGCCGCAAUUCCAAGGAUACUGGUGGUUGGGGGGAAUGGUUUUCUCGGCUCGGCCGUUUGCAAAGCAGCGCUUGCUCGGGGAAUGCAAGUGACAAGCAUCAGCUCGUCUGGUUCACCGUUCAAAACGCCGAAAGGACACUCACCUGCCUGGGUCUCUAAAGUAGACUGGCAAGCUGCGGAUGCCCUGAAGCCAGCAACGUACUCGCACCUCCUCCCCAGCGUGACGGCAGUUGUCCACACACUCGGGACACUCCUCGAGGAUACGAGGUACAAGAAGGCUCUCAGUGAAGGGAACAUCGCAGCCCUUGCCGGCAUUGUUGCUUCCAGCGUUCUGGGUAACGGAGCAUCAAGCAAUCCACUUGCAAGCGGAGAGGGCAGACCAGACAGCUACGAGACGCUGAAUCGUGAUGCUGCGCUGAGUAUAUGCGAGGCAUUCGUAUCUUCGAAGCCUACAGUCCCGCUUGACGGACCGAGGCCAUUCGUAUACGUCUCGGCGGAAGACAUUUUCAGACCAUUCAUUCCGGCGCGAUACAUUGAGACGAAGCGUGAAGCGGAGCUGCACAUCAGUCAAAGGAUGGCCGGCAGCACCGACCACCGGGCAGUGUUUAUUCGUCCCAGUCUCAUCUACCAUCCCCACUUCCGCCCGCUAACGUCGCCAAUCGCCGCAAUGCUCGACCUGUCCGCGACGAUCCACCGCAAAGCGCCGCCAAGCCUGCCUACUCCCUCCAGUUUCUUGCGGUCGCUUGCGUCCACCUUCCCCUCCUCUCCAGCGCCGCAACCGCCUGUCUCUACGUCGCCGCUUGACUCUGUAGCCAAUGCGUUGACGAUUCCGCCUAUCCACGUCGACCACGUCGCGGAAGCCAUUUGCGUUGCCGCUGAUAGUCAGAGAACGGACGUGCAGGGCGUCGUGGGCGUCGCUGAGAUGAGGGAACUCAUUGGAUGGUCACAAAAGGGUCAGGCACAGGCCGACGUGCAUGUCUGA